AUGGGCGCAAAAACCUUGAGGGAGACCAGAAAUGACAACAAUGGUGAUGACAACAACAUAUCCGCACCCGGACCAACAUGGAAUGAGGCACUGCAAGCAGCGCUGGUCCUGCGCAAGUAUGUUGGGACCAUUGAUAAUGCAUUUGCCCACAAACUGGAGGUAAUGCUAGGCUUAUUUAGACAGAGAACUUGUGCCAUUGAGAUACAGGGCUUCAAAGAUACUUAA